AUGGGGGUUAUAUCUCAAUUUUCCGUGGCAGCCGCUGAUGAAAUACUGUGCAAGCUUUCGCAGAUACAGAAAACUCUGAGCCAACUGUUGGAUUGGUCAAAAUCAAUAACGCAGGAGAUUCGCUUACUACCCCCCGGUCCAGCCAUAACGACGACUCCGCUUCCACCUUCUGCAAUGUUUGAGGACUGCAAUUCUGACCAUGAGGCUGAUGAUUUUGACCCAAGCUUGCCCGAGGAUUGGGAGCGAACAUCAAUGACGGUAAAUCAAGCGGAAGCUAGAUCUGUAUGUUUAUUCGUGUCUUCUUGUGAGGACAGAGAAUGCACUAAUACAGUCUAUGAAGUGAAAUUCAAACACAAAGCAGAAAUUGCUCAUGAAAACCCAGUAGUUAGACAAGUUGCCAAGUUCCGCGAGGGUUCUUGCCUUGACGCUGCACGGAUUUUCAACCACUCCAAAUUAUACUGCAUUGGACAAGAUGGUGGAUUUAUUGUUGACACGAGGAGUUGGUCAAAUGUUUAUUAUCUUGCAUGUCCGUCAACCUUCUCACCAGUUACAGGGCACUCCUUUGGGAGAUAUAAUCAUGAUCAUAAGGUUUGGGAACAAAUGCCUUCUUUUCCAUUUUAUGAUGAUUAUGACCCUACUAUGCAAAUGAUUGGUUAUGCUGUUUGUUAUGGAGUUAUUUUGUUUUCAUUGUCUGGCUCGAGGGAGGGGAGUUUCAGUAUUGUUGCUUUUCACGUGGAUAGAAGGGAUUGGAAUCGAGUGAAAAUUGACACUUCUGCUCAUAGUGCUCCUCUUUUUGAAGGGAGGGCUGUGGUUGUAGAUGAGACUAUCUAUGCCUUAUAUGGGGAUAUAAUUAUUAAAGCAUUCUCCUUUAUGAGGGAACAAUGUGAUGUUAAUGGUAUUUCAUAUUCCCUAAGGCAACUAUUUACAGUGCAAGGCCUUGAUAUUGCACGUCCGUUGCUGCCAUGCCUUCACGAUAGGACACAAUAUUUGGUUCAUUUGGGAAACCAUGACUUUUUCUAUGUACAGACUGGCUGGUGCGAUUCACAUCCCAGGAUUCAAUAUGUUAGUAUCACCACGUUUGAAAUUGGUCUUGGAAAAGGAGGAAAACAUAUUAUCAAGACCAUAGAUUCAUUUGUUCAUUCUGUGGAUAUCAAGGGCUCUGAAUGGUUCGAUCUUGUUUUUUGCUUCUCACCGUAA